AUGAGCGGCGUGGGGUUCUUCGCGGCCGUCAAGUCGAUGGCGCCGUCGUCCAUCCGGCGGAAGCGGCGCAGCCUGAAGCAGCAGCGGUCGCUGCAGCUGCCCUGCUCGGAGGGGCUGGCCGCCGACACGGACUCCGCCUCCACCUCGGCGUCCGGCUCCAUCACCCCCGACGUGGUGCCCACCUGGGACAGCGGGGUGCCGCCCAUCACCCCGCCGGCAGCCUUCAAGGCCAGCACAGUGCCCGACAACUGUGAUCACCCACCAAUUCAGAAUCAAGGUCCUCCUGGAGGAGAUGGAACUCCGCCUCCAAAUGAGCGACAGUUCCAACAAUCCUUGCAACAACAGUUGCAUCAGCAGCUGCAGCAACAGUUCCAGCACCUUCAUCAACAGCAGCAAUUGCAACAACAGCAGCAACAUCAGCAAUCUCAGCAACAAAUGCUGGCUGCAUCACAACAGAGCAAUAGUAGUGGAGUCUUGACACUAUCGGAUUUGCCUGAGCCACCAAUUCCUGUGUCCGAAAUCGGUCCUAUUCCACCUCCACCCAUGUUUAGUUCCCCAAGUCCAACGUUACUAAGACUGCAUGGUGGACCAACAAGAGUGGAUAGCAGCAGUAGUGCGAGCAACAACAACGGCACCAGUGUUCAUAAUGCAGUUCCGCUUGACCUGUCCAACUUUGGAUAUCAAGAUCAAGAUGAAGAUGAUACCUAUGAGGACUAUGAUGAAGAAGAUGAUCAAUUCCACAAUCUUAGGGUAUCACAACCUGAUCCAAACAUCGACACAUCAAGAGUAGAAGAAAUUCCUGCCAAAGAACCAAAAUUCCAUGCUGUUCCACUGAAGUCAGCAAUGAAAAAGAAAGGCAAUGGAGCAGGAGGAAGCAGUGGACCAGGAACGCCAACCCAAGAAUCAAGACCUCUUGGUGUUCGACAAGAACAUAAUGCAUCUUUCAAAAGGCCUCCCUUGAGGUCUCGUGUGAGGAUUUGCACCCGCCCAGUGAGGUUUGGUAUUUCUCUACCCUGCACAAUGGAGAACAAGGAAAAUGCUCGUCCCUACAACUCAUCAAGAGAUGAUGACAGUGACUCAGGCGACGGACCUAUUUUGUACAGAGAUGAUGACGAAGAUGAAGAUAGUGAUAAUCGCCUUGCGGCUAAAAUUGCUCGUAAAGACAGUUUAGCAAUCAAGUUAGCUCUUCGCCCUGACCGCCAAGAGCUAAUAGAUAGGAACAUAUUGCAAGUACAGAGUGAUAAAGAAAGGCAAGAAAGUAAAGAAGCAGUAGGAGCUCGCCUCAUAAGACGACUGAGUAUGCGACCAACUCAAGAGGAGCUGGAAGAAAGAAAUAUAUUAAAGAAAAACUCUACAGCAGAAGAAAGAAAACUUAAAGAAGAGAAGAAAAGAAUGUUGCUGAGGAAACUCAGUUUCCGUCCGACUGUAGAGGAGCUGAAAGAGAAAAAGAUUAUCCGAUUCAAUGAUUACAUUGAAGUUACUCAAGCACACGAUUAUGAUCGGAGAGCAGACAAGCCUUGGACUAGACUUACCCCUAAAGACAAGGCAGCAAUUAGGAAAGAACUUAAUGAAUUCAAGAGUUCUGAAAUGGAUGUUCAUGAUGAUAGUCGUCAUCUUACCAGGUUUCAUCGGCCCUGACCAUCUCAAACACUGUUUGAGCGAACUAUCGGUUGGGUUCAUAUGUUGGUAUCCAUACCUCCAACUCAAAGUUGACCAAUCGGCUUUCCGACUGACCAAUGCAUUGCAAAUUAAUUUUGGAACAAGAUGAGCACCAAAUGACUUCUUAAAAAUGUGCGAUUUUGUGAUAGCAUGCGCGUAAGUUUGUUGGACUCUCUGAGCACAAGCAACGUGUGUGUGCCUGAUAGUGGGUAGUGAUACAGCCAAAAGUGCAAAAGAGAUCAAGAUUAAGAUUUUUAUUUCAUUAAUGUACAGAUAGGUGUUUAUGAACCAAUAUGCUCAGAAUUUAUAAUAAAUUCUGUUAAUAAUGUCAAUGAAGCAUCAUUAGUAUUUUAUUAUUUGUUGUCUUGACUUUUACUGUACAUACAUAGGUAGACUUACCAGUAUUGCCAUUUUUCACUGCAGUGAAAAAUGUUUCACAAAGUGCAUAGUGCACUUUGGGUACAUUCAACCUGUUGUGUGAUUUUUUUUCCUUUGUUGAGAAUUGAAUUAAAAAUAUUUGUUUACCUGCUAUAGGUUCAUUUGUGAAUAGAUGUUAAGGCUCAUUGUCAUAAGAGCUAGUGGUGGCUAAGAUUACCAAGUGUCUAAAAGUGUGGUUACAUUAUUGUCUUGGCUUACAGAUCCUGUCCGGAUAUAUUUUUGGGAAUGUCUGGUCAUGAUUCACAUUUUGAACUGUGAGGCUUUGUGCUAGAUGGCAUUGAUGUGUUAUUUAUUUAUGCAUAAUUUUGUCUUUUGGACAGUUAUGCUCAUUCAGAAAAUCUGUUUACUUCUCUCUUGUCUCGGAGGAAAAAUUGUUUAUGUAUAGUAGCGGGCAAACCUUAAAAACAUGUCCAUAUGUACAUCCAACAUUUGAACUCUCCAAAAGGAUGGAUUCAACUUGGGUCUGCAUAAAGAUUUGUUUCACAAACAGAAUUGAUGUGAUGGUUUGAACCUCUUUUGACACAGAGAUGCCUCCAGUUGCAGGAUCUCACAGAUAGUUACUAAUUUUCUGGUGCAAUGAAUGUUUGCUUUGGCUGUGUUCCAAAUCUACUUUAGUUGUGUUACCAUAUAGGCGUGUAAUUUGAUUGCUUAAGCCCCUAAAUUACAUUUUAAAAGAAAAUACUCAUUUUGUUUUUGAAAUUGACUGUCUUAAUGUCUGGGGCACAUUGUUUAAAAGCACAAAUGCUUUUUAUCAUAUUUAAUAUCAGUUUUGUGCCAUAUUGUCCUGUUAGUAUCUUUUGUUUGUUUUUUUUUCUUCUCCUUCAGAUAUUUGGUGGUUAUAACCAACUUGUAUAUUUUUAAUUGAAUGACCUUUAUAAUAAUUCUGAUCAUGUGCUAAGGUGACUACUCUCAACCAAAUCAACCACAAAAAUACUGUGAUGUGAUGGUCCAUAGGUUCCAUUUUCCUUAACUUCCAAAAUAUAUUUGAUACAAAAAAAUUGUUUCAAAGUUUGUUUUAACUUAUGCUUGUCUGCUCAAGUCAAAUUUUGUGUGCAUUUGUUUUACCUAGUCAGGAAUGUUAAUGCAUACGUCUUUUGUUGUUUUAAAAGUUCACAAUAUGAGAAGGGAUGAUUUUUCUUGUCACACAGAGAAUGAUCAUUUCUCCCAAUACAAAUGCAAUCAAGGCAUCUUCAUUUCUCUAUGUAAUUUGUUGGUUUUACAUGCCUUUGAUACAUUCAGAAGAGCACGGGGUGAUCAGCCUUUUCCCAAAGUUCUUGUGCUAUCUAAUGGGACCUUCACUUCUUCUUUUUUUUACCACAGCAUGUAUGGAACCAUCUUGCUUACUUUUUGCAGUAGUUAAUAAUAUUUCACACUACACAACAUUUUGAUGAGCUCAUCAUAUCAGUGUAACUUUUGUACCUUAUGUACAGGCUCUUCCUUCCAAUUAAUUACUAACUUCAUGUAUUUUGAGAAGGAAGGUAGAAACAAGAAAUUUAGCAUUGUAAAGGUAAAAUUUAUAGUGGAUUAAUGCAGUCAUUCCUCUUGAGACACUGCAGCUUGUGCGUUUAUAGAAUCUGCUCUGAGACUGCAAAUCUUCAACAGACUGCUCAGAGCUCAUGCUUUUAGUCAAAAAGUGCCUAUGUAACUAAAUUUACUUUUGAAUAAACAUGAUUAGUAAUAAACAAUGUGGUAGGAAAUGUGACACUUUAUUUUUAAUUUGUUUUGUUGAACAUGUUCGUACCUCAAGCCAAAAAGUGAUUAUUUUAAUAAGCAACUCAAUUUUUGAAUUAAAUGUAAAUGUUAUUCAGAUUAUUUAAUCAGUGCAACUUUUGUAUCUCUCAUAUCCUUUCUGUUCUAGUAGGAACCAUUAAAUAGAUCAAAUGGAUGCAUGUAACUCCAAAGUGGUAAUGAUGCUUUGAAAGGUUCAUUGCAAUGCUAUGAAAAAUGAAAUUGAAAACUCAGAACUCCUGAAAAAUUUCAAGUAUAGGUUAUCAAUCAAAUGUGAGGAUGUAUUGUAAUAAAAAUUGUUUGCAAAACAUUCAUAAAUAGUAUAAUAAUGUUUGCUUUGUAAAGAGAAGUCCAAGUGCACUAAUCAGAAUGGAAAUGUUUAUGUAUUUAUCUGUAUAUUUGCAACUUGCAUAGUUUAAAAUACAUUUUUACUUGUUUAAAUUAUAAGACCGAAAUGUCUUCCAAAUAGAGGCAUUGAACAAAUA